UCUUACUUGUGUUCCUUUAAACUCAACUUUUCAGGAAUAAAACAUGGAGCACAGUUUUAUCCCCAUCUCCUUGUGGACUUAUGACAGCAAAUUUCUCCAUCACAACGUCUCGGAUUUUUUCACCAGUGUACAAGUUACGCAGGAUAUACCAGCUGGAACAUCUUUCGGACCUUGUGUUCUUCAUAAUACCGUUUAUGAUCCUAUAGCCUUCAUUGCACUGAAAUCAUCUGACAAACGGAAUAAAUCAUAUGUAUUUCGGGUAGAUCCUGAGGCGAUGAAAGGCUCCCCAUUAGUUGUUUCUUGGCUACGGUUGGUGCAGGCUGCAAUGAACGCAGAAGACCAGAAUACCGAGGCCUUCUUGAAGGGUGGACAGCUGCAUUUUCAGACUAUUCGAGAUGUGAAAGAAGGCGAGGAACUGCUUGUUUGGUACGACGAGGAGUUGUCUCAUCUUUUGGGAUUCGGAGACAUAAAAACAAAGGCCUUGACAGAUGGCUUCACGUGUGCGAAAUGCGGCCAGGCCUUCAAGAACGAAAACCCAUUCCUUGCCCAUUGUCGUUUUUUAUGUGCACAGGAAAAAGUCGAUAUAAUCCAGCCUAACUACGAACAGAAACAAGUUGAAGUCAAGCGUCAGCGCAAAGUCAUAGAUUUUCACAACAUUGCAAGAGAUCUGGAGCACAAAAUAAACGGUUCAUCUGAAGACAUGACCAUGCCUCGAAAAAGAAAACACGAGGCUUCAUUAAGCCCCCGGAGCAAAAAAACUGUUUUAUUGGAGAAAACCAACAUCUCUAAUCACUUUAACACUGCAAAAGCCACAAAUGAGUAUUCACUUUUCCAGGAUUUGUCAGGAUCUACUAUUAAGCUCACUGCAGACAAUGGAUCAACAAAUGAAUCGAAGAUAAGUAAAAACAGCGCGUUUACCGAGGUUCGAAAACCCCCAAAACAGUCAAACCGUGAUGUAAUGGCACAAAAUCGAUCUGACGCAGGCCUACAGUCAGACUGCAGCGCGUUCUCGUACGUUUUACCCAAGAGCGCGCACUCGGAACAGAAGAGCGCGUUCUGCGAACCCAACAAACGCACCAUCGCUGAAGUUCAGAAUCAUUCGCCUAUGGAUAAUAAUAUCUCAGACACAUUCAAAUCAAAGCCUGCUCUAGGAUACAGAAAUGUGCUGGCCACGCAUCUGUUACACUGUGACUUGCCGGGCACCCAUGCAGGCGGGGUGAUGUCCACUCCACUGAAUUCAGGAGGCUCUUUCUAUUACGCGCCUGAGCACGGGACCAGGACUUGUUUGACAGUCCUCCCAUCUACCUUCACUCCAUUGGGUGUUUCAGUUCAGAACUGGUGCGCCAAAUGUAACCUCUCAUUUCGAAUGACCUCCGACUUGGUGUUUCACAUGCGGUCACAUCAUAAAAAAGAGUUCGCCGCGGAGGCGCAGGUGAGGAGGAGGAGAGAGGAGAAACUCACCUGUCCAAUCUGCAAUGAGUACUUCCGAGAGCGUCACCACCUCUCACGUCACAUGACCUCUCAUAAUUAGACAGAAAACUCUAUCGCACUUUACUUGAGGCAACUGUUCACGAGAUGCCAUGAAGUUGUUUCAGAGAACAAUACAUUCCAGACCGGGUCACGUUCAAAACUUGAAGUUUUCAGUCAUUUACCUUUGGUAAUUUCCCCAUCAGUCAUUGUCAUUUUAAUCCAUGUAGCAUGUAGAGCUUUGUUGGAGCACACCAUAGCAGACCUAUACCGCCACAAGGUGGCUAUAGAGAUUCAUAAUUUUCAGUUUGUCAUCAUUUAGUUGUGAUAUACUAUGUAAUACUAUGUUAAUUGCCUGGUUGUUUUCAGCUUAACAGUGCCUUAUACGUAUCAUGAUGAGUAGCAUAUACAUGUAAGAGAAAGGUUAAUAUUAUAAAAAAAGGCUCUUAAGUGUUUGCUAACAGUUGACUAAACUAUCAGGCUACGUAUAUUGCUUUG